AUGUGGAUCGUCUCCUCCCAGAUCUGGAUUUCCUCGGCGAGAUCCACUCCCAGCAGGUCGCUCUCCACUCCCCUCCGCGGGCGAGUCGCAUGCCGAGCUCGGCUGUUGUUCUCCGUGUACACCUCGUUCUUCCUCCCGAUCCCCGCCUUGGUUACCGCGUGGGUUCGUCCCUCCUUCGCCUGCCCGAAAUCCAGGCAUCCUGACCGGCGGAUCACGUCCCUCCAUCAUCCUCGCCGGGAAUCGUACAACAGCAUCAGCCUGGGGCUGUCGCUAGGGGCAGCAACGGCCGUCAUGUCUCGGCGCUACCUGCUGGGCAGUGCACUCUUCUCCCUCGCCAUCAACCACAAGCACAUGGCGCUCUACUUCGCGCCGGCCUUCUUCGCACAUCUGCUGGGUCGCUGUCGCCAGUCGCCCCGCCCCGCACUCAUGUUCCUCUCGCUCGCUGCCACCGUGCUGCUCUCCUUCGCAGCCUGCUGGUGGCCCUUCCUGCACUCCACCGACGCCACCCUCCAGGUGCUAAAACGUCUCUUCCCCCUGGGUCGAGGCCUGUACGAGGACCACGUGGCCAACUUCUGGUGCGCCACAUCGCCGCUCAUCAAGUGGAAGCGCCUCUUCUCCACGCCUCUGCUCGCUCGCAUGGCGCUCGCUGCCACCGUCACUGCCGCCCUGCCCUCCAUGCUGCACCAGGUGCUGCGGCCAUCAGCACACGGUUUGGUACUGGCCAUGCUCAACUCCUCCCUUGCCUUCUUCUUCUUCGCCUUCCAAGUGCAUGAAAAGUCCAUUCUGCUGCCUUUACUCCCCACAUGCAUGCUAGCCCUGCACCACCCGCGCCUGCACCGCUGGCUCUCCACCGUGGCGCUCUUCAGCAUGUUCCCUCUGCUGCUCCGCGACCGCCUCGAGCUCGCCUACACAGCGCUGCUCGCACUCUUCCUCCUGCUCUCCCCCCCUCCCUCCUCCUCCUCCUCCCCCUCCUCCACUGCUGCCCCACCCACAUCGGCACCAUCGGCCCAUCAACAACACCAUGACCUCAGACAGCGCCUCCUGACCUUCCUCCACGCCGCAUGGGCAAGCACACAGCGAUAUGUGGUGCCGCCGCUGCUGGUGGCCGCAGCAGCCCUGCACUAUGCGGAGGUGGCGCUGCCUGCGCCUGCGCGCUUCCGGUACCUGUACCAGGCGCUCAUUGUGACGCUGGCGUUUGUGUGCCUGGUGCCCGUGAUUGUGGUCAGCAACCUGUGGCAAUGGGGUGUGCCUGGGGAUGGGUUUCGGUUGGAGGAGGGUGAGAGGGACGGGGGCAGGAGGAGCAAGGGGAGUAAAGGGGGUAAGGGGGGUAAGAAGAAGCACGAGUAG